AGAAACCAGUACUUCCGGGUUCUACCUCAGACGUGGACGUUGUAAUGGAUUUUCAACAAAAUGCCGCAGAAACAACCUGCCAUUCCCGUGAUGGCAACUCAAACCAGGCCGACCGAAGAAACGACAAGUCUUACGCCCUAGCCGUGGUGCCUUAUGACGAGGACAAACUCUCGCCGUUUCACCUGGCGGAGAGAAGGUUCAGGUUGGCGGGAAGAGAGCUGGUGAUCCGGCAGAGUUGGCGGGAACUCGGGGUAGCGGCUGUGGUGUGGGAUGCGGCAGUAGUUCUAGGUGAGUACCUGGAGUCAGAAGUGUCCCUGACUGACCAGACUGUGAUCGAGCUGGGUGCAGGGACAGGACUGACCGGCAUGGUGGCUGCACUACAGGGAGCUAAAGUGACAAUCACGGAGAGAGAGAUUGCCCUGGCUUCACUACGCAGUAACGUGGAAACAAACAUCCCACCAGGAACAACCCGACAUCCUGUGGUCAUCCAAGAACUCACCUGGGGGCAAAACUUACACCACUAUCCUACCUCCUUCCACUACGUCUUAGGUGCUGAUAUCAUCUACUUAAAGAAGACAUUCCAAGACCUUUUGAAGACAUUGGUACACCUGAGUAACUGUGAGACUGUCGUGCUGCUAGGGUGUAAGAUUAGGUAUGAGAGGGACACAAACUUCUUGAAGAUGUUGGAAGAGAAGUUUGAGGUUAAGGAGGUGCAUUAUGAUCAAAGAAGAGAUAUAAGGGUGUACAAGGCUGGCUCGGAUAUGUACUGGCGCAAUGAGAGGAACAAAUAG